GUCAAUACUCAAUACAUCCCUGUGGGGCGUGCCGGAAUAUCUUUUGCACAUGUGCACAGUAUUUUGAAAGGAACCAUUUGGUGUAUACUGGUUUAGAAUGGAAAUCGAUUGAAAAACUUCGGGGAAAUGAAUAAAAUGAUGCGACAACCGUUGCUUUGGUUGAUAUUUAUGAGAGCGGUUGUAUGUCAUGUUUAUAAUGCUGUCGAAACUGAAAUGUUCUCUAUACCCAUCAGUCCUAACUUAUUCAACUGGACUUAUCAAGAAUUUGAUCAGCAGUACCGUUUCCACGCGUCCUUGAUCGGUAAACCUGAAUUGCCGAUAUGGCUUCGUUACAUCUACAGCGGGCGACAUCACUCGGGAUUCAUUUUUGGCACGCCGCCCCGAAAUACUGAAUCUCCUAUUACGUUAGAGGUGAUAGGGUUGAACCGUCAGGACUAUGAAACCCGCCGGGUGCUGUUAACCCUGAAGGUUCUUCCCAAGGAGAAGAUGGCUCGCCACGAGGUCGAGUUCAAGAUAGACAAUCUUAAUGUUGAAGAUCUUCUCGAUGAGCAUAGAAUGAGCCGUCUGAAGGACAUACUCCGUACUAAACUAUGGUUUGAGAGCAGCGAGGAUCUGUAUCCGACGUUCCUUGCAUCAGCUAUAGACUUGGGAGCCAGGCUACCGUUGAAGCCCAGCGAUGGAGAAGGUCUGGUGAUACGUCUGGGUAGUUCUCACCCGUUCUCGUCGGAGAUGAAACGUCUCAGAGAGGAGGUACGCCCUCUCAGCAGACUACCCAGCUGUCCGAGGGAAUACAAGAGAACAACCGUCGAGAGACUGUUCAGAGACGCCGGCUUCACACUGGACUGGUGUAACUUUGAGCUGUACAAUACAAUAUACGGUCCACGGACCACGGAUCACUUGGAAUACUUAACAGAGAUUCCUUCACCCAUAAAUCGCGUCCGAUCUGAAAGUCGCGAAGUGUGGACGGCGCCUAACAAGCAAUCCUUGCCGACGAGGAGUUACGCGAAACAAUUGACAGCAGCAAUAGUGGGACCAUUGAUUUUGCUGUUGCUAUCGGUAGCAGCACUAACCGGUGUGCUGUGCUUCCAUUAUGCUGCUAUAAGAGAUCCCGAGUCAGACGUUUUCUUAGACGGCAUUUACCAUAUAUGCGAAGAUUACAGAAACCGAAGAGCGCACAAAUCAUCUAACGUUGAAAUAUGCAAAUAUGGUACUAGCAACACAGAGCAAACUCAAUUAGCUGACAACACCAGCACUAAAAGUUUAGGAAUCAGUCCAAGCAGCAGUCUAGCGCGGCCCUACAGUCCUAAAUCGACGACAAACUUAGCCGGCAGCUACAACCGACCUCAACCACCGCCAUACGGGACCCUCCAUCAUAGGAAACUGGACAAAACACCCGACAAAAGGUCGCGUUCACUGGAAGAAUCAUUAAAAUUAUUAAACGAAGCCAACAUAGCUACGGAGUACGAGAGGAAUCCGAUCAUAGACUACGCCGACAGCACGGACGACUACAUAUCAAUAAAACCUGACACUGAUUACAUUAUUAAUAAAAUGCAAAACGAUUUGGACGACAUAGUGGUUCCUGAACUCGCUAAAUACGGCAUAUCCGGCAUAGGACCGAUUUGACAGGAACUGUCAGACGGUAAUCCACAUGAACCGCCCGUCAAAACAUGGUUCUGUUGAAUUAUAACAAACAUAGUUACAGUUUAUGUCUCCUAUGUUUGCAUCUGAUUGUGACUUCAGUCGAGAAUUAAAUUUUAUUUCAUACAAAAGUCAAUCCCGGAUCGCGCAUCCAUUCUACACGGCACUGGCAGAAUAUACUGUGCACGUCUUUGCCCGGAUGAAGGCCAUAUUAUAAAAAAAAAAAAACAAACAGUUUAAUAUAUAUGAAAAUGUUAUAUUUGACUGUGUAGUGUUAACAUUAACAAAAAAAAAACUUGCUUGUUACUACUCAAUAGACAAGGUGUGUUUUAAAUCUCAUUUUAUAUGAGCUAGAAAUAUAAAUGCUUGUUUGUGGUAAAUUUGUGGUGAAAAAUGUCCAAAUAGUAUAUUAAUUUAUCAAUCGUAUAGUUAGUCAUCUUUCACUUAAGGUAAAUACUUAACAACAUAUAAAAAUUACUUUAAUCAGGUGUUGUUACAAAUUAUAAACUAAUCAACUGACUAUUAACGUCUCCACUAUCUCAUUAAUUUAACUACUGAAGAAAUGAAAGCACUAGUUAAUUUUAGUUUCUGAUGUACUAUUUGAAACUUGCACUAUAGUCCGCAAUAUAGCUUUAACAUACUUCAUAUACACAACAUAUAUAGUCCAUAAUCUAUAUUAGUCCUAAAAUGUUGAAUUUCUUAUAAAAUUAAGACAAAUAACAUAUUCUAGUCUUUCCAAUAGGUUUUUUUUUUUAAUAAUUAUUUAAUUGUAACGAUCAUAGUCUAUUCAGCCAAUUUAAAGUAGUUUUAGUUUAGGAAUAUGUAUAUCAAUGUUUUCUAGUCGAAAUAAAGUUAUUUAAAAAUA